GUUUAAAUUUGUUCAUUUAAGUUUAUAUGAAGCUCUCGAUAACAACAAUCUUUUCUGAUAUUCUUUUACAUUAUUUUUAAACAAUGUCUGUCAGUAAUUUUUUUAAUGGUAAAUAUAUUCUUGUGACUGGAGGAUCAGGUUUCAUUGGAAAAAUCCUUAUUGAAAAACUGUUAAGAUCUUGUGGUGGAAUCGAAAAAAUUUACGUGCUUUUAAGGAGAAAGAAAGACAAUGCGCCCGAGGAAAGACUUAAAAUAAUCACCGAUUAUCAAUUGUUCGAUACUUUAAAGAAGAUUAAUCCCGAAGUUAUUAAGAAAUUAGUACCGAUAUGUGGAGAUCUAGCCAAACCCAAACUUGGUUUAACCGAAGAAGACACCCAAACUCUUAUUGAAAACGUGGACAUCAUCUACCAUGGAGCAGCUUCAGUAAGAUUCGAUGAUCACCUGAGAGAUGCAGUACUACUGAAUACAAGAGGUACUAAAGAAGUAGUAGACAUAGCAAUGCAAGCAAAGAAGUUAGUAACGUUUGUGCAUAUAUCUACUUCAUAUUGUAAUUGCGAUAGAUUCGAAGUAGAGGAAAAAAUAUAUCCAGCACAUGCCGAUUGGAAAAGUACCAUAAGAUUAGCGGAAGAAGUUGAUCAACACACUUUAAGUAUUUUGUCACCAAAAUAUAUUUAUCCUUUACCAAAUACUUACACAUUUGCGAAAUCUUUAUCUGAACAUGUUGUUAACGAUUUGUGCAAAGGCAAACUGCUUGCAACAAUUGUCAGGCCUUCAAUUGUUGUUCCGUCUUUAAACGAACCAAUUCCUGGCUGGAUUGAAAACUUCAAUGGCCCAGUGGGUCUGCUCUGUGGUGGAGGAAAAGGUGUAUUAAAAACAUGUUAUGGAGAAGAAAAUUCCACUUUUGAUUGGAUUCCAGUGGACAUUUUAACAAAAUUGUUAAUCCUGAUUACCUACGAAAAGGCAUUAUCUAAUGACAUAGAUGAAAUUCCAGUCUACAACGCUGCUGCUGGUGAGAAGACAGUCAUGACCCACAAAGAAUUAAUGGAUUAUGGCCGAAAAUCAAUAUGGGACGCCCCGUAUACUAAUUUACUUUGGUAUCCCUCAUGUUCUAUGGUAAAUAACUUAUACAAGUUUUAUGCGUAUUUUCUUUUAUAUCAUCUGAUACCUGCAUUACUGGUUGAUGGUUUACUAAAAGCUUUUGGAAGGGAAACGAUGAUGCUUAAAAUUCAGCGAAAAUUAUUUGUGGCUAAUACGGCACUAUCGCAUUUCAUGACAAAUUCAUGGAAAUUUAAAAAUGCAAAAGUGAAAGCUUUACAGAAACAUGUAGAUGAAGAUGGAACACAAACGUUUUCUUUUGGACACUAUUUUGAUAUGACCUCAGAUGGUAAAUAUGCACAUUGUCGCCAAGCAAAGAUAGCUUCUUCAAAGUUACUGUUUAAUGAAGAAUACAAAAGAGAAAAGGGAUUAAGAAACACCAUGAUAUUUUGGAUACUGGACAGUGUUCUGCACGUCACCGUUUUCGGUAUACUGUUGUGGUACUUGAUAUCAAAAAUUGAAAUAAUAACAGCUGUUAACAAUACGAUAAAUUCGUAUUUAGUUUAUUUUAAUGAAUUGUAAUUUGUCUGCAUGUAUAGAUAAUAAAAAAGCA